AUAACCUCCAUCCACUGUCUCUCCUCCGACUCGUAUACCCUUCGUCGCUCCUCGCAUCGACCCCCGCGUACGGCAGCAACCAUGGCUUCUCUGGGCCCCAACUCUCAGAGACGUUACAUUCAACCUGACUCUCCUUCUACCACCAAUCUCUUGGCACCCCAGUCGGCACGGUCUCCAAAUGGCGUGCAGGCCGCGUCUUCCCACUCGCUACGCAGUAUGGGCAGCAGUACUUCAUUGAACGACAGUCAAUCCCGCUACGCGCCUAGCGUAGUAGCACCUUCGAUAUCGGACAAGUUCUCUCUUUCGCCAGAUCCUACAUCUUGGGGUGCCUACCUUACGCCCGACGUGCCAGAAAGCGAUGACUACCUCCACAACCCCGACCCUAAGCGUGACCGAAAGAACGACCAGGGCGGCAAUAUCUUCACGUACAGAGGAAUCACCAACCUUGGCUGCCUGAUGAUCCUCGCAGUCGGAACGGUCACUCUUUUCGCGGGAUACCCGCUUAUCAGUCAUUUCACCAAGAAGUCGCAGUCGUACGCAGGUGGCUUCAACUUGGGUGGAGUCAACGCGUCAGGCCAGAUUCCGGAGCUCAUUGGCAACUACGGGAUGGUUGACAAGCAUACCCCUACGGAGGCGCGCACCAAGACUGAUCUUGUAUCGGGGCAGAAAUAUGAGCUCAUCUUCAGUGACGAGUUCGAGGUGGAUGGGCGUACGUUCUGGCCUGGCGACGAUCCUUACUGGGAAGCGGUCACUAUGCACUAUUGGUCCACAAACAACUUGGAAUGGCUGGAUCCAACAGCCGUUACGACCGCCAACGGGAGCUUGCAGAUCACCAUGCAAAAGAAACCCAAGAACGGUCUCGAUUUCACUAGCGGAAUGAUGACGACAUGGAACAAGUUUUGCUUCACCGGUGGUCUUGUUGAGGUGAAUGUGUCUCUCCCUGGAGCCAACAACAUCAUGGGUUUCUGGCCGGCUAUCUGGAUGAUGGGCAACUUAGGUCGUGCUGGUUAUGGCGCUACCCUUGACGGCACGUGGCCUUACACAUACGAUGCUUGCGACGUGGGCACCCUAGCGAACCAGACGAAGAACGGGCUCCCGCUGGCCGCUACCCAGAAUGGCGAUCCUGCAUUCGGCGACGUACUCUCAUAUCAGCCAGGACAGCGUCUGUCGCGUUGCACUUGUAAAGGUUCAUCACAUCCUGGACCUAUGCAUGCGGAUGGCACCUACGUCGGGCGCUCAGCACCGGAGAUUGAUAUCUUCGAGGCAACGAUCAGUGGCGGUAUGGGUCAGGUAUCCCAGUCUGGGCAGUGGGCACCGUACAACCACCAGUAUCUGUGGACCAAUACUUCAGAUACCUAUUCGAUACGCAACGAGACGAACACGAUCUUGAAUAGCUACUUGGGUGGCGUCUACCAGCAAGCAACCUCGGCGGUCAGUAACACCGAUCAGAACGCAUAUGAAAAGACGGGUGGAUAUGCCAUCUACGGCCUUCAGUAUGAACCCGGGUUCGACAACGGGUACAUCGCCUGGAUCAACAAUGCCGAGAUAGCAUGGACGCUUUUAGCUGCAGGUGUCGGUCCCGAUACCACCGUUGAGACCAGUGCCCGUCCUAUCCCGCAAGAGCCGAUGUACCUCAUCAUGAACUUCGGCAUGUCACACAAUUUUGGUUUCGUUGAUCUCGACAAUUUGCCAUUCCCAUCCACAAUGCGCGUGGACUACGUUCGUGUCUACCAGGAUCCGAGCAAGAAGAACUAUGGUUGCGACCCGGAAGACUUCCCGACAGCAGCGUACAUCAAUACGUAUAUCGAGGCGUACAACAACCCGAACUUGACGACGUGGGUCGACGACUUCGGCCAGGUCAUCCCCAAGAACAGUCUCAUCGACAAUUGUUCAUGACGUGUGUAUGACUAUGCCGAUACGUCAGUUACCCGUAGUUACUGUCUGUAGUCGAGAGAUCCACCUACUUACGCUUUCGAUAUCCUAUUGGGACGCUUGAUGUGACCCGUCUGCCUCUACUCUUAGCAUUACAUACUUGUCUUGUCGCAUUCGCUUCUUUCUCUCAACGAUGCGCCACUAGUGCUUCUUAUGUAACAUCUCGUCGGGUGAGGCGGAAUAGACUGCAGGCCUAUACCAGGGUCAUGUACACGACGUAC